AUGGAUUCCUUCAGUAAGGAAGCAUUCGGGUUUUUUGGAUCAACCAACGGGGGUAAUUCCGUCCAUUCAAUACCGCAAACUAAACUUGUUAGUGACUCUUUGGAAUUGUACAAAUCAAUAUUGUCCAAUUGCGUUGAAUCUUGUUCACAAGCAAAGCUAAUUUCAAUGAUCAGACUGCUCAGAAAUAUACACUCCUCCUACCAAGCGUACUUUUUGGAUAUACUAACCAUGGAGAAUGAUAAUUACGAACACAUGACAUACAUAAUGGAGGAGAAUUGUGAACGCCAAGAAAAAUACUAUGAAAGUCUAAUCGACUCCUCAAAAUGUCUAGACGUAUUUAAAUCUUACCACAACUCUAAAAUAAAAAAAUUACUUGGCUAUACAUACGGGGCCCAAAUCGCUAGACAAUCUAAUGGGUAUAUCACGGAAAUAUUGCGUGAAUGGAAUAGAAAUAAGCUUAUUAUUUCUGGCUUAACUGGCUGUGUGGACAAUUAUUGCCCAGUUUUGACUAUUGGAUUCCAAGGGAAAAUGGAUUCCAAAAUGUCAAACUGGGCCCGUGUUGUCACCAGUAAAGUGAAGGGAUUCUUCCAGCCUAUCAUACGCGAGACUCUAGAUUCGUUUGUCAUUUUUUACCGCACUUCCGAAACAAGAGAAGUUUCUAGCGAAUUAACCGUGACAUACCCCGGUGAUUUGAAUGUCAAUGGUUGUCAAAUUGAGUAUGUCGUACCGCAAAUCAGUAAUCCAGUGUAUGCCAGCAUACUGCAGGCAUCAAAGGACUUCAUUUUUGCUCAUUCUAAUGACUUGGUCAAUUGUGUUAGGGAAACCAUUAUCAAACUAUACAAAGUGAUGCAGGAAAUUGAACAGUGGAUGCUAAACUAUCCACCUUGGCCUAAAACAUGUGAUGGAAAUACACUCAGAGGACUGGUAAAUAUCAGUAGAAGAUCCAUAAUUUGUAGUAUGCUAGUCUCAGUUCAAAUUGAUGCAUGCAGUGCCCUUAGGGAAGGGCUAGGAAGGUCGGUGAAAUCUGUAAUUGUUGAGCCAUCUCACAAUGUGUACAUGCAAAAUACUCAGCAACUUUGUGCCAAACUGCAAAAUGCAAUAAUGGCACAACUGUCCAACGGAGAUAAGCUGGUAGAUGUUGUCUCUCAGGCAACAGAACAUUGCAAACUAGCAUAA